CUUUUCAACUACUUGUUUGACCUAGAAACGUAAUGUCCAAGUCCAAGAACCACACCAACCACAACCAAAUCAAGAAGGCUCAUCGUAACGGUCUUAAGAAGCCUAUUGCUCACAAGUACGGUACUCAAAAGGGUUUGGAUGCUAAGUUCCUCCGUAACCAACGUUUCGCCAAGAAGGGUACUCAAAAGGCUCUUGCUGCUGCUGUCAAGGCCUAAACCAAGUUCCUUGUUUUGAAGCAUAGGGAACCAUCACAUUUUCCUUUUCUUUUAAUACACCUAUUAAAAUAAAUUCAAAAUAUAAUCCCUC